GGGAAUUCUUCCGCUCCAGGCUUCCGCGUGGCAGGCAGAGUGCAGAGCCCAUUCCACACAGGAAACAUCACACCCAUGGAACCUUGGCCCCUAUUGUGGACUGUUUGCAGUACUCAGUAAUGCCAGGCAUUGCAUGUGUAGCAGGACUGUCUUGUGACCAAAGGAAGCAAAAGCCAUUAAGCCCCUUCAGAAAGCAACUCCACAGAUAAAAGAAAACAACCACUGUUUUCUGCCAUGAUUUCUUCAAAGUACUUCUAGAAAACAACUGUUCGUUUUGAUGUCUACUCCAGAUACAGUGAAAGUGUAGACAUCCCAGGCGACCCACUUUCUCUUCCAAGAUGCCGGCCCCGACGUGCUUCUCCUGUCACAAGGCCCGUGCUGCCCUCCGCCGCCCACGCUCUGGGCAGGCUUUGUGUGGCCCCUGCUUCUGUGCUGCCUUUGAGGCUGAGGUGCUGCGUACGGUGCUUGCUGGGCACCUGCUGCCGCAGGGCGCUGUAGUGGCUGUGGGCGCCUCUGGCGGCAAGGACUCCACGGUGCUGGCACACGUGCUGCGUGAGCUUGCACCACGCUUGGGCAUCACACUGCACCUGGUGGCCGUGGAUGAGGGCAUAGGCGGCUACCGCGACGCUGCGCUGGAGGCGGUGCGCAGUCAGGCAGCGCGCUGGGAGCUGCCGCUCACCAUCGUGGCCUAUGAAGAUCUCUUCGGAGGCUGGACAAUGGACGCUGUGGCCCGCAGCACCGCAGGCUCCGGCCGCAGUCGCUCCUGCUGCACCUUCUGCGGGGUGCUGCGGAGGCGCGCGCUGGAGGAGGGUGCCCGCCUUGUGGGAGCUACUCACAUUGUGACAGGUCACAAUGCUGACGACAUGGCUGAGACGGUGCUCAUGAACUUCCUGCGUGGUGAUGCUGGGAGGCUGGCGAGGGGUGGAGUGCUGGGUUCCACAGGCGAAGGAUGCGCACUUCCCCGGUGCCGGCCUCUGCAGUUUGCCUCGCAGAAGGAGGUGGUGCUGUACGCACAUUUCCGCCACCUCCGCUACUUCUCCGAGGAGUGUGUGUAUGCCCCUGAGGCUUUCCGUGGCCAUGCUCGGGACCUGCUUAAGCUCCUGGAGGCAGCCAGACCAUCGGCCGUGCUGGACCUCGUGCACUCGGCAGAGCGCCUAGCUCUGGCUCCGGCAGCAAAGCCCCCUCCUCCAGGCACCUGCUCCCGCUGCGGAGCGCUGGCCAGCAACAAGCUCUGCCAGGCCUGUGCACUCCUGGAUGGCCUCAACCGAGGCCUGCCGCGCCUGGCCAUCGGCAAGGGCCGCCGUGUGUUGCAAGUUGAGCCGCCACCUCUAGGGAACCCAAGCCGGGUCACCAGUGACCCUGUGGCCCUACCAGAACCCUGCACCUGCAAGCAAUCCAAAGAUGAAUCCAACCCAUGCGGAAAUGGAGGGGACCGGGCAGGAGCCACCUGUGUAUCGAAGAGUGACCUGAGCCCCGUGGCGGAGUGACCUGAGCUCUGCACUCUCCAUUGCCCUGUGCCCGGGGAAGUGAUUGUACCCCAGUGCAUUGCAACUGUGAAGUGAUUUCCCUUCAGUGCACUGCACUCUAGGACUGACCGGUUUCCCUGUGGAGUAACCGUACCCCGUGGAGGGAUGUGUCCUGUACAGCAACCCGAACCUUGAAGAAGUGUAGGGAGCCCCAGGCAGAGCUACCAGGUCUAAGAAGGGACCAACAACCGUGCCUUCCUGUACACCUCUGUGGGCUCAGGCAGCCCUGGCCCUCCCUUUCUGUUUCCCCAAGUCAUGAGGAAUAGGAAUAUUCACAGUCAUCACUAGAUACCUUUCAUCCAGACACAGCUCUUGCACUUACGGCAGUCUGAGACAAUUUAUUCUGAACUGAUUGGGACCUUCGGUGGCCUGGCGCAUGAGCUGAGGUUGCCCUAGAAAUACUGCCUCAGAAGCAGUUAGACAAACACACCCCCAGAACAACAGAAAGUCAUUUAUCAAGACAUUGGCCGAGUACAUCGGUGUGGACUUUAGGUAGACAGGUUACAGCAAAGCUGAAACCCCUUCCGUAGGUCUCAGGCACUAUCUGAUGACUUUCUUAGCUUUUGGGUCUUUUGAAGCCAGUGGUCUGCUCAGCUGAUACAUUAGGAACCAAAUCUGUGGUUUUCACAUGGUUGUCAGUGUCCUGGCUGGCCAUUUUUGUUUUUGUUUCGUCAACUUUACACAGGGCUGGGAUCAUCCCAGAAAAAAUGCCUCCAUAAGAUUGGCCUACAGGCAAGCCUGUGUGGUAUUUUCUUGAUUGAUGAUUGAUGUGGAAGGGCUCAGUCCACUGUGGGUGGUGCAGUCCCUAGGCAGGUGAUCCUGGAGACUAUAAGAAAGCUGGCUGAGUAAGCCAGUCAGUAGCAGUGUUCCUCCAUGGCCUCUGCCUCAGUUCCUGCUCUGACUUCCCUCCGUAAUGGAAUGUGACCUAAAAUGUAAGUUGAAAUAAAAUCUUUUCUUCCCAA